AUGGCGACUUCUCCCAAAGAUAGUGACUUGACCAUUGAAACGCUCUACAGCUUAGGGUUCGAUCGAGAAAUGGCCGAUUUUGCUGUGUAUCAUUCAAAUGAUGAUUUAUUCGACGCUGUAGACAAUUUGCUAGAGUUCGAGUCCUGGCCCAACCAACUCAAUAUCAACUCGGGUCUUCUUAACCUUGCCCUGUGGGCAUCAAUUAACAACCGCGUCCAGGCCGUGAAUUUCAACAAAAACCUGCGGCCAAGCAAAAGCCACCAGCAACACACCAGUCCUAUUCGAUAUGGUAUAAAAAGGACGAAUGUCCAUACUUCUGUCUCGCAAGCAAGUGUGCCGAAGAGAACGAAACUCAAUGAGUCUGUCGUGGAAGCUCUUGCGAGUGGCGAAGUGGCUGUGAAAACCAAUGUUCUAAUGGAACACGACAAGGAGAUUGUCUAUCUGACUGGCAAUGGUAUCAAAACAGAGAGAACUCUGGAUCCUUCCACACACAGAGUUUCACCAAACAAUUCAAAACCUAACGCAACACUCGUGGACACUCAGACAAUCGACCCCAUUGAGAAUGAAUCGAAUGUCGUUGAUGAUCAAGGUGUCGGUGCUGGCAAUAAUGAUUAUAACGAUGAUGGCAGUGGUACUAGAGCUGAUCUUGAUGACCCCUUCGACGAUAACUCCUCUGAUGAUCAUUAUGCUGCUGCUGCUGAUGAUGACGAUGAAGGUGGUAAGCUGCAAGAGCUUAUCGGAAACAUCAGGUCAGUUAACAAAAAGAAGACAUUAUUCGAGUGUGCUCAUGACCAGGCCUGUGAAGGAAUGACUGAGCUGGGAACUAACGAUGACCCCAACGAAUCCCCCGAUGAAGGGGCAGAAAGUCUUUUACGACACCUCCAAAAACCACUUACAGCUCGGCCACGCCAUGGACCUCGGUCGACCAGAGUGGUUGAAGACCAAGAUGAGGUUAAUUCGUGGUUCCAUCGGAGUUAUCGCAAUACCAUUUGUGAUAACCAGUCUUGUGCCCGUCCAUCGCACUUGUUAGAUGAGAACACAGCUGGUAUUGAACCACGUCGAGGAUGUCGCGUCAAGGCCUGGAACAGACUUAGUUAUUGUUUUCAAGGUGGAACUGGUCGUCUUCCUCAUAACCCUCCAUGUCUACCUACUGGUCCAACAACAAAGGAAAGUACUCAUUCCAAACUUGUUGGUACACCAGCUCGCAUGUCAGGCGUCACAUGGAAACUCCCAUGUCCUGUAGAAUGA